AUGGAAAUCACAGUAUAUUUUAUAGAACAAUACACUCUUCAAAAUAACUUUGCCAUCUUUAAGCACAAGAUUGAAAAAUUUUCAAAUGGUACUUGUAGAAAAAGGGUAUUUAAGUGUGAUUUGAGAGAAAGGUAUGUUGAAAAAUAUUCAAGACUGAUAUUAGGUAAAGAAAAGAGUAAAGGAAGCAAAAAGCAAGGCUUACAAUUUUCUGAAAUUCCAGUAUUAGAUGAUAGUUCAUUUGAACCUUUCUUUGAUAAAGUAGAAGAUUCUGCCGAAUCUCUUAUUGAAGCUGAUGAGGAUCAGAAGCUUGACUUAAAGUCUUUAAUUUCGAUGAUUAGUUUUAACGAUAUUUUAGAAGUUUAG